AUGUUGGAAGCUGCCUUGGUGUUCGAGUUCCACAAGCAUGUGGGAUGCAGAAACCAAAGGGGCACUGGUGGUGAUGGGGCUCUGAAUCGAAAGGACCCCAGCCCACCACCCUAUUUUGUUUAUGUCACCGGUGGCAGGGCCGAUCAAAUGCGGCGAGCUCCUUGCAAGCACCUUGUGGAGCUGGCCCGGGCGGAGGUGGCAAGGAAUGUCGCUGCAAGCCGUACACUGAGAGCAUUUGCUCAGGUACGGCUCAAGGAUGCUGAAGCAGGGCUUCACAAAGUUUUGGUGGACAAUGGCUACAGUGCACCAGUGACUGUUGAUGAAAUUGAUCUUGGAGAACCAAAGUACAGGCGAUUCCCAUUCAUCAAGCUAAGUUCAUGGGCCCAACACCUUUUGGACACGAACAGGUUGCCCAAACAAUUUGUUGGAGUGAAAAGCUUGGAGAAAAUGCAGCCUGUGCUGGUGGAGUAUUGGCGGAGGUUCAAACAGUUGAGGCCAAACCAUCGUGUGUUUGAAUUGGAAGCUGCUGGUACAAUUUCGCUGUCCAACUGCAUCCCAUAUUAUUCACACAGCGACGAAGGACGAUCGUUCAAGCACCUCCCCAUUUGGAUUCUUUCUUCCCACGGCGCAUUGGGAAGAGGAACUAGGUUCUACUUGGCUUCUGGAAAACAUAGAGCACCUCUUAGGAGGAACGGCAUGGGCCUCAACUUCGUAGGAAAGACGUGGAGCACAAAUUACAUCUUCACUGCAGCCAUGAAGGUAGUGCUUGUUGAUGUUCCAGAUGCAUUGGACAAAUUGGUUGCUGCCUUUGCCUCUGAUGCCCAAAUGCUGUUGGAGACAGGCUUGCUGUCUAGAGAUGGUCAAACAAGAGUUUGGCUGGCGCACAUAGGUACAAAGGGUGAUCUUCCAGCACUAGUGAAACUAGGAGGGAUGAAGAGAUCAUUCAGCAAUGUGCCUCGAGGUCCAAGCUCCAAACGUGCGUGCCGUGGGAUCUGCCAUGCCUGCAUGGCAGGGCAGGAAUUGGAUGCAAAUCAAGGUCGUGCAGCUGUGCCUUUCGAGGACUUCAGUCCGAAUGCGGCAUGGGUCUCAACAAGGUUUCAGGAAUUGCCUUGGGAUGUCACGCCUCCUAUCGUCCAGGGACUUCAUUUGUCAGAGGAAGACCAAACGAGCUUUUUCAACAUUGAUCUUUGGCACAAUUGCCACAUGGGCAUUUGCAAGCACUUCUGCGCCAGUUCUUUCAUCGGGAUUCUUGAGUCAGAUCUUGAUGCUGUGCCGCGUGUGGGCAUGGAGGCCAAAUUUCAGUGGAUUACCCAAAUCUACUUGAACUAUUUCAAGAGCAGAAGGGUGAACCCAUUUGUUCGGGAAAUCAGCAGAGACACCAUGAAUUUUCCUGCAGGGACAGCGUGUCCCAUCGGGAAAUGGUCUAAGGGUCAAGCCUCCACUGAGAUGAUGAUGUUCCUGCAUUUCUUUUGUCGGCAGUACAUAGAGGGCAACACGGCUGACCCUUUGCUGCUGACAAUAGCUGAUGCUGCUCGGGCACUGAAUUUGGCGCUUUCAACUUUGUAUCGGUCAGGGUACUGGCUCCAAAAAGAAAAGGCUGCACUACUGGCAAAGUUGAUGUUUCGGUUCUUGGCAUUGUACGCUAAGUGUGCAGAGUUGACAUUGAGGCAGGGAAAACGGCGCUUCGCAAUGGUGCCGAAGCUACACAUGCUUGCGCACGCUGCCUUUGACCUUCAAGACCAAUCAUCUCGUGCGGAGUGGGCACACAACCCGCUAGCCAUGACAAACCAGAUUCAGGAAGAUUUCAUCGGAAGGCCCUCGAGAAUCAGCAGGAGAGUCAACAUACGAUCCCUGCAUAAAUCACUGAUUAUGAGAACUUUGAUUGUUUACCAGGACAGCUGGCGAGUGGCUGAUAGUGAUGAAAGGGGUAUGGAUGGGUAUCCCGAUGUGUGA